UACAAGUACAACACUUUCAACUCAAAGCACGAUUAUUUCCUUCCUCCACCAUUACUCAUGUUCGAAAAAGUUGAUGUAAAUUAUCUUUUCUUCUCCGACAAAACUUUCGUAUCUAUAUCCUUAAUACCAUGUUCGAUUCCCUGCGCUGUAGAGCCCUUGUCCAUCUCAAGACCCCAAAAUUUUACCCUCUUUUGCCAUUGUCGUUUUCUCUGAAACUGAAAUUCUCCACUAGCACUUCAGAAUCAGAAUCAGAAUCACACUCUUUCGUGGUGUCCUACCUCAUCAACAAUGUUGGGUUCCCCCCAGAAACUGCUCUAAAAGCUUCCAAACAACUUCGUUUCAAGACCUCAGAGAAGCCCGAUUCAGUUCUCACCUUCUUCAGAGACCGCGGUUUUUCACACUCAAACAUAUGCCACAUCGUCAGAAAGGAACCGUGGCUGCUUUCGUGGGACCCCCACAAAACGAUUUUGCCAAAGUUUGUUUUUUUUCUCUCCAAAGGUGCUUCUGCCUCUGACAUUGCUCGCUUAUUGACAGCGAACCCUAGAAUCCUACAAAGAAGCUUGCAGAAACAUAUUAUCCCUCUGUAUGAAAUGGUUAAUAGAUUCUUACAAUCUGAUAAGAACACCAUUACUUGCAUAAUUCGUAACUCAAUUUCAUUCUCUUAUACUCUGACCAUACAAAAUGUCAAAUUGUUGAUUGAUUAUGGUGUUUGUGAUUUAAGCAUUGCCAGAUUACUUAUUACGCGGCCAUCUUUAUUUGGCUCUAAUAACUUGCUGAAGACUGUGGAGGAAGUAAAGGGUUUGGGAUUUGACCCUUCAAAAUCAACUUUUGCUGUGGCAUUGUUAGCCAUGAAAACUGUUAGUAAAGCCAGGUGGGAUGAGAAAGUUGAUAUCUUGAAGAAGUGGGGGUGGUCUGAUGAAAUUGUUCUUCAAGCAUUUAGGAAGCAACCUAAUUUGAUGUUGGUAUCCGGUGAUAAGAUUAAUUUAGUGAUGAGUUUUUGGGUCAAUCAGUUGGGUUGGGAUGCUUUGGACCUUGCCAGAGGACCUGAUAUUUUUGGGUAUAGUUUUGAGAAAAGGAUGGUUCCAAGGGCCUCAGUUCUGCAAUUUCUUUUGAGAAAAGGCUUACGAAGUAAGAGUGCAAGCUUACUCAUUCCAUUUACUAUGCCUGAGAAGUCGUUCUUGAGCAAGUUUGUUCACUGUUUUAAGGAGGAUGCUUCUUAUCUAUUGAAGCUGUAUGAGGAAAAACUGAAUCUUGAAUACUCCAGGGAGAAAACUGGCAUGCCAUUCAGCAAAUACUUUUUCUGUCUAGACUAGGAUUGGAGCUAGUUUAUCUGACUUGUUUCAUUUGUUAUCAUCAAUUUUGGUCACAGUUGUCAUGCAUCGGUCAUACGAAUACUACAAUACUUUACCUGAUGUAAAUGCUUUAUGUCUAGUACAUGUAAAGUUCAAAUGGUCUUUUGUAUGGGCAUGGAAUACUUUUCUAAUUGUGUUACUUUGCCUUGCUAGUUUAUUUAAUCCAAGAAUUCAUUGUUUAUAUAAACUUUCUAUGCUGGUUACAAUUUCUUGAUUAAGGCUUUAAGCUUUAGAUUGUCAAGUACUUCUGCUAACUACUUUUCCUUUGGUUCUUUACACAUUGUCAAUUUACUUUGUUAUGAUUUAAAGGAGUUUCUAUUACUGGUAUGCAAGAGAUUAUACAAUUGUGGUCUCUUUGACCCUCCCGGUAUUACUUUUGGACUUUGCAAUGGGGGCCAGCCCACAGCUUGGAGGGUGUAUCAUCAUAGGAACAAACCUAACAAGGAUGACCAGAUCACCCAGGGGCUGAUUUUUGGUUGGGUAACAGGUGUAUAGGCACUUAGGAAGUUAGGAGUUUCUGUUAGGCAGUUAGGAGAUUUUAGACUUAUGAAAGAAGCUAGACCUUGUAUAUAUUGGCUAGCAUAGUCCUAGUAGAGGGCAUCUGAGUAUCUUGUAACAGAAUUGGGAAAUUGGCCAAUGAAAGGGAGAGCUCUCUUGUAAGAGGAUUCCUCUUGUAGAUUUCUUUCAUAUUUGAUUGAACAACACCAUUCUUUUACUUCUGUUUCUUGUAUUUACCUCUAUUAUUUCCAUUGAACCUAGCCCCAAAUCUGUGUUACUGCUGUUCAAGAAUUCAGGAUCGCAACACCAUGGCUCACUGUUUUCUUAGAUUUUCAAUUUUGGAGAAUAUCUUAUCUACCCGUCGGGGGUGGUCUGAAGAAACAAUUUUGGAAGCAUUUAGGAGGCAGCCCAACUGUAUGUUAGUAUCCAAUGAUAAAAUCAAUAGGUUGAGGUGAUUUUGGGUCAAUCAGUCAGGUUGGAGUUCUUCUUACUUGGUCAACGGUUCGCGGAUUUUUCGAUAUAGUUUGGAGAACAGGGUUAUUUCAAGGGCUUCGGUUGUCCAGUAUCUUCUAUUCAAAGGUUUGAGAAGCGAGAGUGCCAGCUUACUCACACCGUAUUUUUGGUCUGAGAAGUUGCUCCUGCAAAGGUUUGUUGAAUGUUUUGGAGAGGAGGAAACUUCACAGCUACUAAAGCUAUAUAAGGAGGAAACGUUCAUAAAAUAUUUGAAUUAUGAUGAGUUUUUGAAAUGUUUUAAGAAGGAAUCUUUUCAAUAAAAUUUGUAUGAGGAUGAAUCUAGCAUACAGUAGACCAAGGAGGACACUGGCAUGUAGUGUUCAUAAAAAUAUUUCGUUAUUUAAUCCAUAUUUGGUGUAAUUUAACAUUAUCAGAUUGUUUCUUUAUUUCUUCAAAAUUCUUUGUCAUGCACUGUCUAUACUUGGCUCAACCAACCUGCUGAAGACGUUGGAGAAAGUAAAGGGUUUCAGAUUUGAUCCUUCAAAAUCAACUUUUGCUGUGGCAGUGAUAGCAAAGACAGCUGUCAGCAAAGCUCGGUGGGAUGAGAAAGUUGAUAUCUUUAAGAAGUGGUGGUGGUCUGAUGAAAUCGUUCUUCAAGGAUUUAGGAGGCAGCCUAACUUGAUGUUGGUUCCUGUGAUAAGUUUAAUUUAGUGAUGAGUUUUUGGGUCAAUCAGUUGGAUUGGGAUGCUUUGGCCGUUGUCAAAGGACCAGAUAUUUUUGGGUAUUGCUUCGGGAAUAGGAUGGUUCCAAUUCAAGGGCCUCAGUUCAGAUGUUUCUUUUGAGGAAAGGCUUACAAAAUAAGAAUCCAAGCUUAAUUAGGCCACUCACUAUGCCUGAGAAGUUGUUUUAAAGUAAGUUUGUUCACUGCUUUAAGGAGUCUUCUUAUUCAUUGAAGCUGUUUGAGGAAAAACUGAAUCGUGCAUACACCAGGAGAACACUGUGUUGCUAUUCACCAAAUAUGUAACUUCUUAAUUUUAUUUUAUUUUUUGUCUUCUCUUUUUUUAUGUAAUUUAACCUUAGUUUGUUCCCUCUUUGAUUUAAAAUACUUGUUCUGUCUAGGACAGGAUUGGAGCUAGUUUAGCUGACCUGGUUCAUUACUUCAUUUGGUAUCAAUUUUGAUCACAGUUGUGAUGUAUAUCAGUAAUAACAAUAC